AUGUCGAGAAAAGUGGUAAACGCACCUCGGUUGCAAGGACUGAGUCGGCUUCGCGUGCGUCCAAAAAAAGAAAAACAAGCUAUUCCUUGUAGUCAAGAAAUGGCUGCACUUUUGGGUUGCUGGCAAAACAACGGCGGUAACACGAAUUCUUCUCAGUGUUUAAAGGUUGCUGCGUCUUUAGAGAACUGUAUGAAGAGUCAGCAUGGUAAACAAAAGUCAGAAAACACCAUCAACUAUCACUUGGCUCGUUUAGGAAAACUACUUUGA